AUGGAAGGGCACCGGUACUUCGGGCACAUGGCAGCGUCGACCAUUCUUCAACUCAACUCGUCAAAUCCAAGGCUGUACCUGGGAAUCACUUUAGUACUCGACGAGAAGAUUAAAGUUGUGACUUGUGAGUCCUUCAUUUUUGCGAAGGCGCGCGCGCAUUCACACAAGUAUAUUAGUCGAAAACCCGACCACGUUCUUCAACGGAUCGAUUUAGAGCUCGGCCUAUCUAACGGUUUCAAGGUUUCAAGGGACGUCAUGACUACCUCGCUGUCGUCGACCAGCUUUCGAUCAUGA